UAAUAUUGUGAAAUACCUUAUAGUAGGUUCCGGAAGAGUACCUUACCUGGAAAGUAAAAAAUAAAGCAACCAGAGUUCUCAUGACAAGGAGCUAACGUACUUACAUAUAUAGAGAAUUCACUUAAUUUCACAAUAAGAAACGGGGCCUACUCGGGUAUAUCAACGGAUCGGGAUUAUUAUAUAACCAAUUUAAAAUGGCUGCAAGUCUAACAAUCAACGGCACCAGACAUGACGUUAAUCUGGCCAACUUGCCAGCAGAUAUAACUCUAAAUACAUUCAUACGUGAACAUGCCGGUCUUACCGGUACCAAGUUCAUGUGUCAAGAAGGCGGUUGCGGAGUUUGUGUUUGCACUUUGACUGGCAUUCAUCCUGCAACCAAAGAAGUUCGCACUUGGUCUGUCAAUUCGUGUCUUACCUUGUUGAACUCCUGUCUGGGUCUUGAGGUAACCACUUCAGAGGGUCUGGGCAAUAAGCGAGUGGGCUAUCAUGCCAUUCAAGAUCGCCUGGCCAAAAUGAAUGGCACUCAGUGUGGUUAUUGUUCACCUGGCUUUGUGAUGAACAUGUACGGACUUCUAAAGGCCAACAACGGUCGUGUGACCAUGGAGGAAGUGGAGAAUUCAUUCGGUGGCAACAUAUGCCGUUGCACUGGCUAUCGUCCAAUUUUGGACGCCUUGAAGUCGUUUGCUGUGGACAGUAACAUUGAAGUUCCAGCUGAAUGCGUUGAUAUCGAGGAUCUGAGUUCCAAAAAGUGCCCCAAGACGGGAGAACUGUGCGGUGGAACCUGCAAGAAACAGCAACCAACCAAGGGUAGUCAGAUCUUCUUUGAUGGCAAUCGCUGGAAUUGGCCUCAGACUUUCGGAGAACUAUUUGAGGCUCUGCAAGGAACCGUCAAAGAAAAUCUACCCUACAUGCUGGUAGCUGGCAAUACCGCUCAUGGUGUCUACCGACGUAAGACAGAGAUAAAGACAUUUAUUGAUAUUGGUGGAUUGCCCGAACUGAAGGCCCACAAAGUGGAAAAUGGUUUCCUAACACUGGGUGGUAAUCUCAGUCUUACCGAAACCAUGGACAUUUGUCGAUCAUUAGAGAAAACUUCAGGUUUUGAGUAUCUGGCUCAGGUGUGGCAACAUAUUGAUUGGAUUGCUAAUGUGCCAGUCCGCAAUGCUGGCACCUUGGCAGGCAAUUUGUCUAUGAAACAUGCCCACCCAGAGUUUCCCUCAGACAUUUUCAUUGUUCUGGAGGCUUUGGAUGCCCAGAUAAUUGUUCAGGAUGGACCGGAGACACAGCAAACUCUUAGCUUGGCAAACUAUUUGAAAUUGUCCAUGGAGGGCAAAAUUAUACGAGGAAUUGUUUUGGCAAAUUAUCCCAAGGAGACUUACCUCUUUGACUCAUAUAAGAUUAUGCCCCGUGCUCAGAAUGCUCAUGCCUAUGUCAAUGCUGCAUUCCUUGUCCACUUGAAUUCGACGAAUACCGUUAAGAAUGCUCGCAUUUGCUUUGGCGGAAUUCAUCCGAAAUUUGUUCAUGCCACUGCAAUUGAACAAUUACUUCAAGGUCGCAAUCUAUAUGAGAGCGGACUUUUGGAGAAGGCAUUUGGCCAGUUGACAACAUUGCUGGAACCCGAUGAGGUUCUACCUGACGCCUCUCCAGCCUAUCGUCGGAAAUUAGCUUGCGGAUUGUUUUACAAAUUUCUUCUGAAAACCGCCAAUGCGAGACAACAGAAGGUGUCGAGUCAAUUCGCCACCGGUGGUUCUCUACUCAAACGCCCUGUAUCGAGUGGCAAGCAGAACUUUGAGACUUUCGAGCGGAAUUAUCCAAUCAAUAAGCCAACAGAGAAGCACGAGGGUCAUAUUCAGUGCUCGGGUGAAGCUACAUAUGCCAACGACUUGCCCACACAACACAAUCAAGUGUGGGCGGCGUUUGUGCCAGCUAAGCGAGUGGGGGCCAAGGUCGUGAGUGUGGAUACAUCAGCUGCACUGGCUUUGCCUGGAGUGGUGGCCUAUCUGGAUGCUAAGGAUAUACCAGGACCCAAUAGCCUGGGACCCAAGACAAAGGAUGACUUCUUCUUCUCCGAUGAUGAGGAACUUUUUGCCACCGGAACCAUUAAAUUCUAUGGACAGGCAAUAGGCAUAAUUGUUGCCGAUUCGAACGCUUUGGCCAAUCGCGCUGUUGAUCUGAUUAAAAUAACCUAUGAGGGAGGAGCCGAUGAGAUCCUGCCGAGUCUGAAAGAUGUCUUGGAAAAGGAUGGAGCCCAAUCCAAUGACCGCAUUAAACAGAAGGUUAAAUCAGUGCUGGAGAAAUUGGAACUAGAAGAGCCCUAUGCGAUCAGUGCCUCCGGCCAGCUGGAUAUGGGUCUGCAGUAUCAUUUCUAUAUGGAACCACAGACCACUGUUGCCUUGCCAUUCGAGGGUGGACUACAGGUUUACACGGCCACACAAUGGAUGGACUUGACUCAGGAUGUUAUUGCCAAUGUCCUCAAGUUGCGGGCCAAUGAAGUGCAGGUCAAGACGCGCCGCAUUGGCGGUGGUUACGGUGGCAAGGCCACUCGCUGCAAUCUGGCAGCUUUAGCUGCUUCGGUGGCUGCUUUUAAGCUGAAUCGUCCUGUGCGCUUUGUCCAAUCCCUGGAGUCAAUUAUGACAUCCAUAGGCAAACGUUGGGCUUUCCAUUGCGAUUACGAUUUCUAUGUCCAGAAGACAGGUAAAAUUGUUGGCAUACGCAGUCGUUUCUAUGAGGAUGCUGGUUAUCUAUCGAAUGAAUCACCCAUUGGGCACACUGUGCUUCUGUCCAAGAAUUGCUAUGAAUUCAGCGACAAUUAUAAACUUGAUGGCUACUUGGUUCUGACUGACUCCCCAUCCAACACACCGUGUCGUGCUCCUGGCUCGGUUGAAGGUAUUGCCAUGAUUGAGAAUAUCAUUGAGCAUAUCGCCUUUGAGACAGGCGAAGAUCCGGCCGAUGUGCGAUAUGCUAAUUUGUUGCCUGCCCAUAAAAUGGGUGAAAUGAUGCCCAGAUUCUUGGAAAGUACCAAAUAUAAAGAGCGUCGUUCGGCAAUUAUUGAACACAAUAAGGAAAAUCGCUGGCACAAACGCGGAUUGGGUCUUUGUAUCAUGGAAUAUCAAAUUGGUUACUUUGGUCAAUAUCCCGCCACUGUGGCGAUAUAUCAUGCUGAUGGCACAGUGGUGGUCAGUCAUGGAGGCAUAGAAAUGGGUCAAGGUAUGAAUACCAAGAUUUCCCAGGUGGUGGCCCAUACCUUGGGUAUUCCCAUGCAAAUGGUCCGCAUAGAGGCCAGUGAUACCAUCAAUGGAGCCAAUUCUAUGGUCACUGGUGGCGCUGUGGGCAGUGAAACUUUGUGCUUUGCUGUUCGCAAAGCCUGUGAAACACUCAACGCCCGCCUCGCUCCCGUCAAGGAGGAAAUCAAACCCAACGAUUGGCAUCAGCUGAUUAAUGAGGCCUAUAAUCGCAAGAUUAAUAUGAUUGCCAGUGAUCAGUGUAAGCAAGGCGACAUGGAACCAUAUUCCGUAUGUGGAUUGUGCUUGACUGAAGUAGAAUUGGACGUUCUUACUGGCAACUACUUGAUUAAUCGAGUGGAUAUCCUUGAGGACACCGGAGAGAGUUUGAAUCCAAAUGUGGAUAUUGGUCAGAUUGAGGGGGCCUUCAUAAUGGGCUUAGGCUACUGGACCAGCGAACAGGUUGUGACCGACAAGAAGACAGGCGAGUGCCUGACAAAUCGCACCUGGACGUAUAAGCCGCCCGGUGCAAAGGAUAUCCCUGUUGAUCUGCGUAUUGAACUUCUGCCCAAGAGUCCCAACAAGGCGGGCUUUAUGAGGUCAAAGGCCACUGGUGAACCCGCCAUCUGUUUAUCCAUAGCUGUGGGCUUUGCCCUCCAGCACGCUUUGCAAUCGGCUCGCGAUGAUGCCGGCAUACCCAAGUCCUGGGUGACGCUUAAUGCCCCCAUGACACCCGAACUAUUGGUUCUCCAUGCCGGCUCCCAGCCCGCCAGCCAAUUCAAGCUGAACUAAGUGCGCUCAAGAUGCGACAUGGCCACCAGCCAAGAAACAGCGUGAGAGACGGCACGUGGCUGACCAGCUAGAGGCAUACAUACAGACUACAUAGAUGGGCACUCCCAGAUAACCUAUAUUGUUUUACGCACAAUAAAUUAAAAACUUAUCCAAACGCAAA